UUGCAGGUUUUCAUGCACAUGCUUUUAUUUUGGAAGUGGCUGUGAGGCACUUUUGAACCCUGCAUCCAUGACCUAGACUGACACAAGAAGAAUACAAGAAUACAAAGAGUCUGGACUGGUGUGUGUCAGGAGUGAAGAGUUUUCACCACUGUGGACAAACAUGAAUGAAACGACUAAAGCAUGGACAUGAUUGGAGUUCACAACAGAAAACCAAGUUGUCUCUGCAGAUUCCUGAUGGAGCGCUGACGGAGAAGACAACCCCGAGUGGUGAUGUGAUGUUGCUGUGACGUGUCACUCAGCUGAUUUAAACCUGCCUCCACCGGUAGGACGACAGCGCCACCUGCAGUCCCACUUCCUCAGGACAGUAUCCCAGUCAGCAUGUCCGUUUCCUUGGUGACACAGCCAUGGUCUGAUUGGUCGGCGGCACCCGUGACCCCGCCCUCUCCGAACAGCACGGCGUUGGAACGGGACUCUCUGCUGGCGGUGGCGGAGGUGGUGGUGCUGUCGGCCAUCUUGGUACUGGCUCUGAUGGGAAAUGGGCUGGUUCUGCUGGUGCUGCUCAGACAGAGACACAACCACAGCCCUCUGCACCAGUUCAUGCUCAACCUGUGCCUCGCUGACCUGGUGGUGGCGCUCUUCCAGGUUUUGCCCCAGCUGGUGUGGGAUGCCCGGGGUCGUUUCCCGGGUCCUGAUGCCCUCUGCAGGCUAGUGAAGUACCUGCAGGUCCUGGGCAUGUUCGCCUCCUCCUACAUGAUUGUUGCCAUGACGCUGGACAGGCACUACGCCAUCUGCUGCCCCCUGCAGGCGCACCGCAGCGGCGCCAUGCACAGGUGGAACUCCUUCAUCCUGAUGGCCUGGGCUCUGGCUCUGCUGCUCAGCGUGCCUCAGGUGUUCAUCUUCUCUCGGUCGGAGGUGGCCCCUGGAGAGUUUGAGUGCUGGGGACACUUUGCUCCGUCCUGGGGUCUUAAAGCCUACGUCACGUGGAUGACCCUCGCUGUGUUUAUACUGCCAGUGCUCAUCAUCACUGUCUGCCAGAUCCGAAUCUUCAGAGAGAUCCACAGCAGUCUGUAUCUGAGGUCAGGGCGCCACCUACAGUCUGCCUCUGUCACUGCAGUGAGGUGUGAGAGCCAGCAGAGGGCAGCAGUAGUAGCAGGGGGCAGAGGGAGGCCCAGUGUGACCCUCUUCAUCCCAGGCUCGGGGCUCGAUCCUGGGCAGAGCUCCGGUCACUGCCUUCCUCUGGACACACAGUAUGACCACAGCACAGCACUUCAUGUGGAGCAUGAGACAGCGCCCCCUGCAGUCCCUGGCCUCUCCUCACAUCUUAAAGGCCCGGGUCGCUCCGGGGAGGUGGGCGGAGCCAUGUCUAAAACCGUGAGGAUGACUCUGGUGAUCGUGGUGGUCUACUCCCUGUGCUGGGCCCCCUUCUUCAUCGUCCAGUUGUGGGCCGCCUGGGACCCCAACCCCCCAAAGAACGGGGCAGUGUUCACUCUGCUCAUGCUCUUGGCCAGUCUCAACUCCUGCACCAACCCCUGGAUCUACUCAGCCUUCUCCACCACCAUCUCCCCCCAGCUCCGCCUGCUCCUGCUCUGCCACAGGAGCGAGAGGAGAGGCUCUGUCAACGACUCGACAGCAACCCACACCUCCAACUACUGAACCAGGACCAGACCAGGACCAGACCAGGACCAGACCAGGACCAGACCAGGACCAGACCAGGUCUGAACCAGGACUAAACCAGGGCCAGAUUCGGACUGAACUAGGACUAGACCCGUGCUAAUCCAGGAUGAUCUGUGGUUCCUUUGGUCCCCUGAUCCUUCUCUGACAGUAUUUGGUGAAAUCAGUUUAUUCCACUGAAAUUAGAGAGUCCUGGUUAGAAUAUUUACUGUUCCUUUGUGUAGUUCACAAUUUAGAAAAAAAGUAUAAUUUGUGCUGCCAGUUGUGUUGAGUUUUUGUAAAUAAAGGUUUGUGGACAAA